GGGAGACCAGAUAUAGUGAAUGCAGGGUCCAGGGAGAUCGAAUAUAGCGAAUGCAGGGUCCGGGGAGACCGGAUAUAGUGAAUUCAGGGUCCGGGGAGACCAGAUAUAGUGAAUGCAGGGUCCGGGGAGACCAGAUAUAGUGAAUGCAGGGUUCGGGGAGAGGAAUGCGGGGAGAGCAGAUAUAGUGAAUGCAGGGUCCAGGGAGACCAGAUAUAGUGAAUGCAGGGUCCGGGAGAGCGGAUAUAGUGAAUGCAGGGUCCGGGGAGAGCGGAUAUAGUGAAUGCAGGGUUCGGGGAGACCAGAUAUAGUAAAUGCAGGGUCCGGGGGAGAGCGGAUAUAAAUGCAAGGUCCUGGGAGAGCGGAUAUAGUGAAUGCAGGGUCCGGGGAGACCGGGCGAUGCAGGGUCCUGGGAGAGGAUAUAGUGAAUGCAGGGUCCAGGGAGACCAGAUAUAUGCGAAGGCAGGGUCCGGGGAGAGAGUGAAUGCAGGGACGGGGGAGAGCGGAUAUAGCGAAUGCAGGGUCCGGGGGGCGGAUAUACUGAAUGCAGGUCCAGGGAGACUGUAUAUAUUGUGAAUGCAG